AUGACGUGUACCCAAAGUUUCCUUGAUGAUUUCGUCGAAACUCAAUCCGACAAAGUGAAAAAAUUCGCUGAGCCAAUCACUAUUGUGUUCCUCUUCUACCUGUUCGCUGCGUUUCAAUUUGCCUAUUGGAAAAGCACAAAAGCACUCACAUUCCUUGGAAUAUUUUUGAGGAUUUCAUCUUUUCUUUUGAAAAGAGCAUACUGUAAUACAGGUAAAGUUAUAAAAACUAUGAUUAACAUGAGAGUUUGGAUUUUCAUAGGAUUGAUGAAAAUCGUCACACAAUUGUUCUACUUCUUGGCAAGACAUAUUUAUGGGACAACUCCAAUCUCGAUGAUGUUGCCUGGAUCUUGGCAUAAAAUAUGUAUGGAGAGAAAUAUUCCAAUCGAGUUCACUUAUAUAAAAAUGGUUCAACACAGCAUAACAUUAACCUAUCUACUCAAUCAAUUCCAUUCCACUCGUGGGGAACAAAUGGCCAAUGGCUAUUCAACAUUAUUGAUUAUCGCAAAUGUUGUUUGCUAUCUGGUUAGUUUCAAAAACUUUUUCCCGGAAAGUCUUUCAACAUUUUCAGGAGAGUUUUGGAAUUGAGUCAACAACCUUGGAAGAUAUUGAGCAAUUCGAAGGCUCAUCAAACAAUUCGCAUCAAUCUCGACUCGAGGAAUUGAGAAAACUUGCCAAACGCCAUGGCUUUUUUCAAAACUACAUUCUCUUCAAAGCAAUAUGUUUCACUGUUUCCUAUGGUGUGAUGACAAUUUUCAAAAAUGUUUUUGAAAAUACUCCAUUCUGGGAGGGAGUUACGAAUAUGGCAGCGUUUGUUGAAUUUGGUGCUUUGAUGUUGAUUGAUUUUCAAAAAUCUGUUGCAAAUGAGCCGGUAAGAAAAUACGGAAUUGAAAAGGUUAAGAAAACAUUUUAUUUUGCAGGCUGAGGCUUAUAUUCAAAUUUACCUUGAUCAUGAUAUCAUGUAA